CGUACGGAGGAGAGUGUAGCAACAGUUGCCUUGAGACCCCCACGCGCCAUAGUGACUGUAGUCGUGGAGACUGUUACUUACCAACCGAGCAAUACGCAGCAACAGCAGCAGCAACCAAAGGAAAGCCAAGAAAUUAGCAUGCAGAAUUCAGAGGGAGGAUCAGAUUCGGCAUCAACAGUAGCACUACGAACAUCUGCAUCAGCUCCAGCACCAGUUGUGCAGUCUGUACGUUCAUCUCAGCAGGUACAGGCAGUGCCGGCUGUGCAGCAUGUGUAUCCCACUCAAGUUCAGUACGUGGAGGGGGAGCCAGUCUACACCAAUGGAGCAAUACGUACUGCCUAUUCAUAUAAUCCAGAUGCCCAGAUCUAUGCUCAGAACAGUGGAGCAGCAUAUUUUGAAACACAAGGUGGUGGAGCCCAGGUGACUACAGUGGUCUCGACCCCUACUGUAGUACCAUCUCACAGCAUGGUGGGCAUUGCGAUGGAUGUUGGGGCUGGUCAGAUUAUUUCUGGCUCUGGAACUUAUCUUAUCCAUGGUGGAGGGAUGGAUACAAACAGGCAUACCCUGACGCAUAAUUCUCGGACAUCUCCAGCAACGCUUGAAAUGGCAAUUGAGAAUCUCCAGAAAGGUGAAGGAAUAGCAACACACAAAAGCACUUUGCUGAACAGCCAUCUUCAGUGGUUGCUGGAUAACUAUGAGACAGCUGAAGGAGUCAGCCUUCCAAGAAGUUCUCUUUACAAUCACUACCUACGUCACUGUCAAGAGAAUAAGCUGGAUCCUGUGAAUGCUGCUUCCUUUGGAAAACUAAUUCGCUCUGUGUUCAUGGGGCUUCGUACUCGAAGGCUGGGGACCAGGGGAAAUUCAAAGUACCAUUAUUAUGGGAUCCGUCUGAAACCAGAUUCUCCCUUGAAUCGUUUGCAGGAAGAUGCACAAUAUAUGGCAAUGAGGCAACAACCAGUUCACCAGAAACCAAGGUAUAAACCUACUCAAAAGAUGGAUGGCAUAGGAGACGGUGCCUCCAAUAAUGGUCAGCAUUCGGCAACCCCAGAGCAGUCUGUAGCAGCUCAGAGCCAGCAUCACCAGCAGUUUAUAGAUGUUUCCCACGUCUUACCAGAAUUCCCUGCCCCAGAUUUGGGAAGUCCCCCAUUACCUGAGGGAAUCUCUAUGACUGAUAUCAAAAAUCUACUUUCUUCCUACAGAGAACAUUGUGAGGCAACUUUGGAUGUAGUAGUGAACCUUCAAUUCCAUUACAUUGAGAAGCUAUGGCAGACAUUCUGGGGUUCUAAAGUGUUAUCUAGUGAUGGAACAACCACUAUUCCUCCCAGUGGUGAAGACUCUGAAGGCAUUAUUCCCAAAGAGAAGUUGAUUGCACUUUGCAAGUAUGAUCCCAUUUUGAAAUGGAUGAGGAGCUGUGAUCACAUCCUGUAUCAAGCACUGGUGGAGAUUCUCAUUCCUGAUGUGUUGCGACCUGUACCAGGUACUCUGACUCAAGCAAUUCGCAAUUUUGCAAAAAGUUUGGAAGGAUGGUUAACCAAUGCAAUGUGUGAUUUUCCACAAAAGAUUCUUCAAACUAAGGUUGGAGUUGUGAGUGCCUUUGCACAAACGUUACGAAGAUACACGUCUUUGAACCAUCUUGCUCAGGCAGCUCGUGCUGUGUUACAGAAUACUUCCCAGAUAAAUCAGAUGCUCAGUGAUCUCAAUCGGGUGGACUUUGCCAAUGUACAGGAACAAGCCUCGUGGGUUUGCCAGUGUGAAGAGGGCAUGGUCCAGCAACUGGAGCAAGACUUCAAGCUAACUCUACAACAGCAGAGCUCUUUGGAUCAGUGGGCUGCAUGGCUUGAUAAUGUGGUGACCCAGGUAUUAAAGCCCCAUGAAGGCACUCCACGCUUCCCAAAAGCAGCCAGGCAGUUCCUGCUCAAGUGGUCCUUUUACAGUUCAAUGGUUAUAAGAGACUUGACUCUACGUAGUGCUGCCAGCUUUGGUUCCUUUCAUCUAAUUCGUCUUCUGUAUGAUGAGUACAUGUUCUACCUGGUAGAGCAUCGGGUCGCUCAUGCAACUGGUGAAACACCAAUAGCUGUGAUGGGGGAGUUCAAUGACCUUGGUACUCUAUCUGCCAAUUUGCUGGAUAAAGAUGAUGUCAGUGAUAUAGGAAGUGAAAUUGAUCAAGACUCCCGAUGUGCAAGUGAGCCACCUGUGAAAAGAGAACGUCUUGAUCUCAACCACUCACUGCAGGAGAUUUAGGAGA